AUAUGCCCUCGAUUACCAGAGCCAUUUCUUUAUAUACGGCACUGUUGACAGCUCAGUUGAUGAAAACAGCAUUGUCAUGACAACUACACUGCCGCUAAGAUAAGGGUGCUGUCGCAAAGCCGAGGUGUCGUGAAUCCUGGCCGCCCCCUGAAGAUGGCGGCGGAGCUGCAUCCGCGGAGCGGAAAGCUGAUCGGCCUGUCCAACUCGAACCGAACAGCCCGGCGCAACCAGCCCGUCCAGGAGUUCAACCACGGCCUGGUGCUCAGCAAGGAGCCCCUGAGGGACCGGGAUGUCUUCACCGUCCGCAUUGACAAGAAGGUGAACUCCUGGAGCGGCUCGAUUGAAAUCGGCGUGACGGCUCUGGACCCGGCCUCGCUGGACUUCCCCAGCAGCGCCACGGGGCUCAAGGGCGGCUCCUGGAUCGUGUCGGGCUGCUCGGUGCUGCGCGACGGCCGCUCCGUCCUGGAGGAGUACGGCCGCGACCUGGACCAGCUGGCCGAGGGCGACCGCGUGGGCAUCCAGCGCAGCUCCCGCGGGGAGCUCCACCUGUGGGUGAACGGGCAGGACUGCGGCGCGGCCGCCAGCGGCCUGCCGCCCAAGCUGUGGGCCGUGGUGGAUCUGUACGGGAAGUGCACUCAAGUGACGGUGGUGAGCUGCGAGCCGCCGCCGCCCUCCGCAGAGAGCGAGAGAGAGACGAUAGAGCGGGACGAGGAGGACGACGAGGAGGAAGAAGAGGAAGAUGAAGAGGAGGAGGUGGUCGUGCGUGGGGGUCGGGACGAUGGGGGGAUUGCAGCGCUGAUGAAUGUGGCAGCGAUGAAUGGAAUGGUGAACGGAGAUGAAGUGCCUGAGCUCAGCUGCAGCAACAGCCGGCCGGACAAGUUUCCCAACAAUCUGGAGCCUGACGCUGUCCUCACAGAGCACCAGCUCUUCGACGUCUUUAACAAUGCAAUAGUUUCAUUUUAUCGCUCUGAAGACGAGAGAGGAGGGGAGGACGGCGGAGGAGGAGGCGACGCUGGAGGAGCAGGCGAUGCAGGAACUGACUCUUCUUCCAGAGCGGACAGAGGGAGCAGCGGUGGAGGCGGAGCUCCGGCUAGUGGUGACAGCAGCACAGGGACAGCUGGAGGAGUGGGAGGGGGCGGAGACUGUGGGAACUCUAACAACAGCCCGGCCGGUACCGGAGGGGCGGCACCGGGGUCCGGGGCGGGCGGGGUGAUGACCAACGAUGCGCUGCUGUUCCACGAGAAGUGCGGCACGCUGAUCAAGCUGAGCAACAACAACAAGACGGCAGAGCGGCGGAGACCUCUGGACGAGUUCAACAACGGAGUGGUGAUGACCAACCGGCCGCUCCGGCACAACGAGAUGUUCGAGAUCCGCAUCGAUAAGCUGGUGGACAAGUGGUCGGGCUCAAUUGAGAUCGGAGUGACCACGCACAAUCCCAACAACCUGGACUAUCCUGCAACUAUGACCAAUCUGCGCUCAGGUACAAUCAUGAUGAGUGGCUGUGGGAUAUUAACAAACGGGAAAGGAACUCGUAGGGAAUACUGUGAAUUCAGCCUGGAUGAACUUCAGGAGGGCGAUCACAUAGGGCUGAUGCGGAAAGCCAGCGGUGCGCUCCAUUUCUACAUCAAUGGCAUCGAUCAAGGCGUGGCGGCGGCGCAGACUCCCAGCGUGGUCUACGGCGUGGUGGACCUCUACGGCAUGGCCGUCAAAGUCACCAUAGUCCACAAUCACAACCACAGCGAACGCCUCAGGCGCAACAACGCCAUCAUGAGGGCUCUGUCGCCUGAUGUCGGCCGGCCGCGACCCGCUCUGGCCCUCACUCCGGACUCAGAAGGACCCGACCGUCUCCUGUUUCACCCCAACUGUGGACAGAAGGCGGCCAUCAUCUGCGACGGCAGGACGGCGCUGCGGCCGCAUGCAACUGAUGACUUUAACCACGGCGUGGUCCUGAGCAGCCGGCCGCUGCGCUCCAACGAGGUGUUCCAGGUCCGCAUCGACAAGAUGGUGGACAAAUGGGCGGGCUCCAUCGAAAUUGGUGUCACGACACACAAUCCCGCCUACCUGCAGCUGCCGUCCACCAUGACGAACCUGCGGUCAGGGACGUGGAUGAUGACGGGUAACGGCGUGAUGCACAACGGAACCACGAUUCUGGAUGAGUACGGACACAACCUGGAUCGACUCAAAGCUGGGGACACGGUCGGAGUUGUCCGGAAGGAAGACGGCAGCCUGCAUUUCUUCGUGAACGGCGUGGCGCAGGGCCCGGCGGCCUGGAACGUACCCCCGAACGUCUACGCUGUGGUCGACCUGUACGGCCAGGCGGCGCAGGCCACCAUCAUGGACGACAUGGUGGACCUCCCUCCUCUACCAGAGGACAGCUCAGACGGCCCCACCGCCAUGUCCCCUGGGAGCCCCUGCUCCGUGGCGGGGGCCUCCACUUCCACCGACCUGCGUUUCCACCAGCUGCAUGGCACCAACGCCGUCAUCACCAACGGGGGGCGCACCGCGCUGCGUCAGAACUGCCGCAGCGAGUUCAACGACGCCAUCGUCAUUUCCAACAGGUGCCUUCGGGAUGGAGAACUCUUUGAAAUUGUUAUUCAGAAGAUGGUGGACCGCUGGUCAGGUUCAAUAGAAGCAGGAGUGACCGCCAUCAGACCGGAGGAGCUGGAGUUUCCAAACACGAUGACCGACAUAGACUAUGACACCUGGAUGCUGAGUGGAACCGCCAUCAUGCAGGACGGCAACACAAUGCGCAACAACUACGGCUGCGACCUGGACUCCCUGACCACAGGCUCCCGGAUCGGCAUGAUGCGCACCGCCAACGGCGACCUCCAUUAUUACAUCAACGGCGUGGAUCAGGGCGUCGCCUGCACGGGUCUGCCGGGAGAGGUGUUUGCUGUGAUCGAUCUGUAUGGUCAGUGCGUUCAGGUCUCCAUCACCAGCUCCUCCGGCCCGCUGGACAACAGCCUCUGCACCAGUAACGUCACUGAGAAGAGCUUCCCCAUCCACUCUCCAGUCGCAGGCGUCGCCCAUCGGCUCCACAGUAAGCAUGGAAAGAACGUGGUGCUGCUGGGCGAAGGCUGCCAGGCCAUCAGAGUUGGCGGCUACUCUCAUGGCAUCGUGUUCAGCGCCAAAGAGCUCAAAGCAGACGAGCUGUUUGAGGUGAGGAUAGACGAAGUGGACGAUCAGUGGUGCGGCUCGCUGCAUAUCGGCCUGACCACGCUGGCGCCUCCAGAGCUGCCGUCCUGCCCGCUGUCCGGCCUCUCCCCCUCCCUCCCACAGCUCCGCACCAAGGUCACCUGGCUGCUCUGCGGCUCCGAGGUCCAGCGCAACGGUGUUCUGCAGCGGCAGAAUUACGGCUAUUCGCUGGACCGGCUGACGGUGGGGAACCGCGUGGGCGUGAAGAGGUGCAACGACGACACCAUGCACGUCUUUGUUGACGGGCAGGACAUGGGACCUGCCGCGACCGCAGUCCCCAAGAAUGUAUACGCCGUUUUGGACCUGUACGGGCGGAUAACGGCGCUGUCCAUCGUCAGCUCCUCCCUGAUGGAGGACUUGGAGAGCAUCAAGGCGCCUUCGCUCACGUCGGACAGCUGCAGCGAAGGGGAGGAGGACAGCAGCCCCGUUAGAGAGGUUGAGAGUGAAACAUGUUCCCUGGUGCCGACGGUCAUGAUGUUUCUGGAAAACCACGGCAAGAACAUCCAGCUGUCCAACCAGAACCUGACAGCAGCCAGGGUUUCCAGCUACAACCAGGGCCUGCUGGUCACCGUCCAGCCGCUGGCGCGCCAGCAGCUCUUCCAGUUUCAGAUCGAUCGUCUGAACCCGUCGUGGACGUCGUCUCUGUCGUUAGGGGUGAUAGGCCACUCCCCUGACCGGUUAAACUUCCCCUCCACGGCCUGCUGCCUGAAGCGCUCCGCCUGGCUGCUGCAGCGCGACUCCGUCUUCCACAACUCUCUCAAAAUAUGUGAGAACUACGGUCCUAACCUGGACACCUGUCCAGAGGGGACAGUGUUGGGUCUGCUGGUGGACACCAACAACUGCCUCCAUCUCUACGUGAACAGCAUGGACCAGGGCGUGGCGGCACAGGACAUCCCCUCACCUUGUUACCCCUUCAUUGACCUCUACGGCCAGUGUGAACAGGUCACGAUAGUAACCAACAACGUGCCAGCUGUGGGAGCUGAGAGCGGCGAGACGCACUUUCAGGGAGACAUGGAGAAGGCAGACAUGGUUGACGGCAUCAAAGAGAGCGUGUGCUGGACGCCCCCUCCAGAGGUCAACCCCAACAAGACCUGCGAGUACCAGGCGCUCUGCUCCCGCUUCAAGGACUUGCUCACUUUACCAGAUGGCUACUUCAACGAAGAUGCAAAGUACAACCUGUGCUACUGUGAGUCCUGCCACAAGCUGCGGGGAGACGAGGCGUACUACAAGCGAGGAGAGCCACCCCGAGACUACGCCCUGCCAUUUGGAUGGUGCCGCUUCGCCCUCAGGGUCAAGUCCCACUGUGAGGUUUCCAAUGCACUAAAGAAAUGGCACAUUGCGUAUCACGGCACCAACGUGGGAGCCCUGCGGCGCACACUGGACCACGGCCAGCUGCUGCCUGGGACGUCGUCCAUUUUCCUGGUGUCUCCAGUGAAGACGGAGAGUCCAAACGGCUACACCGAACCAGAGGAGAACAGCGCCCCCGGCAGGGAGGUUCCCAGAGUGCGGCUCUCCCCGACCAUGCGCUACUCUGGCAUGGAGACGUUUGCUCCCAAAGUGCAAUUUCAGGACCCACGCUCUCACCGCUGCCACCAGGCUCAGGUGGGUUUCCAGGUGUGCGUGCGGCCGGGCUCCUACAAGGUGGGGCCUCAGACGCUGAGCCACAGCGAGCCUCUAGAUCCCCGCUUCAGCAACUCUGAGAUCGAGUGGAUCACGAAGGAGCAAGGCGGCACGCUUCUCUACGGACUGCUGAUUCGGGUGGAGUGAACGGCGUAGCGGCGGCGGCGAAAGCUUCUGGUUAUUUUUGAUAAACAGACAACCAAAUCCAAGACCUGCCUUGAGCAAGACACUACUCUGGAACCCGGCUGGUCCUGAAGCGGAUUGUCGACAACUCAGCAUCUCUGGUUUUGUUUUGGGUCGCUCGCUCUUCGGCUCUUUUACCGGCCGGGAGCAGCGGUCGUUACCGAGAACAGACACUGCCUGCACUUUAUGUUUCGGACACUAGUGGGCGAUUUUUAAACUUCUCAUCGACGCAACAUGUUUGUUUAUGAGCUUAAUUUUUUUUUAUUUUUUUCUCCCGUCAUUUAGUUCUUCCAUCCUCAAGUACUUUUUUUUUUUUUUUUUAGUUUGGCACUUAGUUUAACACCUUUUUGACUUCCAAAUUUUUCACAAAAAAAUGACUAAAAGGUAGGUUUAAUGACAAAAAAAAAAAAGAGGGACGGUGUUUUAUCAGCAAUGUAGAAAAAUAACGACACUUGAAUCUGAACAUGAGCCCAAGAGCAUCGUGAUUGUGACCUUGAUAGCAGGGAAAAUUUAAAACUGGAGGGAGGGACUGAUAUGUUUACACGCCUGUCUUUCACUGUGUUUCUGUCCUCUUUGUGUCUCCGUAUGAGCAGACGUUCAUAUUGCCGCCCAAUGUUGGACUCAGAUAUGGGAAUGGCUUUUGACCAAUCUAAUUUUGAUAUUUAUUUGACUCAAAAUCUGAAUUUCUGAGUUUGGUGUUGGGAAAACUCUAAUGGAAACUGUGUUUCUGUGAUGGUUACGUCUCGAUCUGGAGGUCAUGGUUCAUCGAAGAAAAACAACUGGAUCCAAUGCAAUAUGGCUGCCAUGGACGGGGAUUAAAAUCAGGGUCCAUUGUAUCAGUAAUGUGCUGCAUUCCACUCUUCUUGGAAAUCCCAUCUCGGUUUUUGGACUGAAGGCUUCACACAAAAGUUGAACUUUGUAGUCACAACUUAAACAACCAGUGGGGAUUUAUCCGUUGUUGCGGUACUAACAUGUUGUAGCAGUACAAGCCACAACAUGGCUACAAACCCGUUGUGCAGCACUCUAUUGUGUAUAAAUGAGACUUUUAUGACCCUGGCAAUCAUAUUUAGUAUUAAUCUCUUGGCUGUUGUGAAGCUUCUAAUGUCGAGGGCCAUUCAUGUAGCAUUUCCAAUCAGAAACGGGGAAAAUCUGAAUUACAGAAACAAAUGGAAAUCCCAAGUCCACGAGCUGCUCCGACGUUAAAUCACAUAUGGCUUCCACUCUCAAUGUAAGUUACAGAAAGGAUCUGUGUUUGUGCCUCAGGCUCUGGGAGUCACACUGGUUUUCCAGAUCCAAGGUCACACUAUUGAGGUGCAUGAAAUCCAGCAUAUUGCUGCAUAUUUAUUCACCUCAUAAGUCAGGUAUUGGAGUGGCAAUCAGCGUGCUCCAGUCGCCUGUGGGAUUACUUAAUUGUUGUGGUUUUCACCACAACGAUACAAGACGUUUCAGAUCCGUUUUAUGUAAGUACCUGGUUCAGUGAGAAACAAACUGUGUAAAGUGCUAAAAGUAUAGUUUUGCAACUCAUCAUUUUAUUCACAUGGCAGCCAUAUUGGAUGUUUUUAACCUUUGGGCUGAGAACUUUUCAGUUUGGAUUGAAGGGGCGUUUUGUUGCAUUUCCAGAUGGGAACAUUGAAACAGAGACUCUUAAGUCCAUUAAGUCCACAGUUUGAACAUGGAAGGUCUCAAGAGUUUAAAUCCAACAUGGCUGACAAGUAUGUUUAAAAAAAGGUCUUUUUGUUAAAUGAGAUAGUUUUGUGCAGAUUCUGAACAUUAUGGUUUCAAUCCGUUGUUUUAAUGGAUUGCUACUAAAGUCGGUCAUUCCCAUGUCUGAGCUCAGACUUUGAGGUGAACGGAACCAAAUUUAGGUUCUGAUUACUGUUUGGUGUGGGGCCAAACAUGACUCAACUCGUCAUUUUAAGGAAAACCACUCACAAGCUUUUAAUGGAAAUAAAACUGUUGUUAGAAAUCAGUGUUUUAUAAGCACCGCUGCACCUUUUGGCAUAAAAAAAAUAAAACCCGCACUGGAAUUUGCUUUACAAGAUAUAGAAAAUGUCAGAAGGUAGAUUCAGGCUGAGUUUGACUGUUUAUGACUCACCGGAACCGGUUUUUACAUUUAUAAAGGGUAAGCUAAGAGUUCCAGUUCUUUCAGAAGAUUCUCAGAAAACUUUGAUGUACUUGGAAAAAGUAAAAGCUAGGUGAUGUGAAAGUGAAAAAAUUAAAAACACUUAUUUAUAUCUUAAGUGUAUUUUUUUUUAAAAUCAAACCAGAGUUGUUGUCUAGAUUAGAAAAACGUGAUGCUAAUGGGCUAGCAUUAGCAUUCGGCACUUAAAUACAGGACUAUUUCACUGUUUUUAAGGAAUCUGAAUUAGUCAAAUUUAUUAACUUAAAAUUGUAUCAGGAUAUUGUGUAUUUAUAAGACGUUGAAUUGUAAAAGUUAAUUGCUGGCUGUGUAGUUACCCCUUCAUACAGUCAGUGACUCGAACGCUAGAUUUUGAUUGCUUAACUUUCGGCAUUUCCUAACAGCUGUUUACUCAUUUUGCGUUUAAUUUUUUAAAUUUCUCACAGCGAAAACUCACUGUGAAAUAGAUAAAAAUUGGACAUUUAGGCCAAGCUUCCAAACUCGCGCUGAUUAAAAGCAGUGAAUUAGCUCUUUGGUCAAGUGCUCGGUCCUGGUGGUUAUGAAAAUAUUAAGGGAUCCACUUACCGUACCUGUCUAUCUCUGCCCAUGCUAAGCUAAAUUUAAACCUAUUGUUAAAUUCUGCUCUUUAUUCCAAUCCCAAAAUGCCCAGCCUCCCGGUAGAAGUCACAUAAAGCCAAAAGGUCCAACAUCAGUCUCGCUCCAUCGCCGUUUACGUCACACGCAAACCCAUCCAUUCAUCCGUCACGUCCGACACGGUUUACCCGACCAACACCGCUUCCUGUGUUUGAUUAUGUUGGCUUUCCAUAAGCCGGUGUUUACAUGUGAAUGUUGUUGAUUAGGGCUCCGCGUUCAUUUCACUCCACGACUGUUUUGCACUCAUUUGUUCAUAAUCCAAAACACCCGCUUGGAUUGUUUACAAUCAGCUUUUUUUUUCUUUUUUCUUUUUUUUUUUUUGCCAAUUUGCAUCCUUGGAAAAUAAAAGUGUUAUAGCAGAAGGGGUCAAACACUAAAAGUACAGUCAGAGAAGCUCAGCCAUCUUCUCAUUGAUGAGGGAGAAAAAAAAAAUUAAAAUAAAAAAAAUGUGAAAAAAUGUUAUUACUACAUGGGUUCUUUACAGCCCAGUGCUGCUUUGUACACUUUAAUUUGUAUUUUUGUUUUGUUUUCGGUAUGUUGUGUUGUACAGGCUGUUACAUAACAAAUCAUAUCUUCAUGAUUUAUAUAAUAAAAAAAUAAAUAAAUGACCUGACAAAA